UCCGAAUCGGUAGUGUAGUGUAGAGCUUGGCCAGAGGAAGCACCCGACGGCGUAGCGAUCGGCCGUUGCCGUCCAUAAUUCGCGUUCAGUGUUCAACAAUAACGGAUUUCUGUUAUUUCUUGAUCCAUGGCGAUGGGAGAGAUAAUGAACACAACUAACCGCCGGACCAAAAUGAACUCCCUAAUUUUAUAUCCCCUCCGAAGGAAUCAGGGUUCGAGAAACACCAGCCAUGACCAUGCGGAAGGAGGUUGUAGUGGCGGCGUUGGCCACAACGGCCACUCUGGUAGUGGCGGCCGCCGCGCUCAGGAAGUGGAAGCGGAGAAAAGAAUGGCAGUUGAAGCAAGCGCACCGCAUUCUGCGCAAAUUCGCCAGGGACUGCCCGACCCCAGUCCCGAAGCUGUGGCAGAUCGCCGACGAUUUGGAAUCCGAUAUGCGAGCUUCGCUUAAAUCUAAUGUAGCCAAUGGCAAUGGCACUCUCAAAAUGCUCGUCUCCUACGCCGGCGCUUUCCCCAAUGGCGAUGAGGAAGGUUUCUAUUAUGGGGUAAACUUGCGGGGAACUAAUUUCUUGAUUUUGUGCGCUCGGCUUGGUGGAAAGAACGCGCCAAUCUCUGAUAUUCACCGGGAGGAGAUUUCAAUCCCUUCCAAUGUGAUGAAUGGUAAUUCUGAGGAUUUGUUCGACUUCAUUGCUGGGGAGGUUGCAAAAUUCGUUUCAGCACAUCCAGAGAAUGGAGAUGUACCGGUGAAGAGGAAGGAGCUGGGUUUUACAUUAUCAUAUCCAGUGGACGAUGCAGCGGCCUCAUUGGGAAAUGUAAUCAAAUGGAAUAGUUUCUCUGCUGAUGACACAGUUGGAAUGAACAUGGUGAAAAACAUCAAUAAGGCUUUGGAUAAACAUGGUGUGAACCUACGUGUCUUUGCAAUGGUGGAUGACACCGUUGGGAAUUUAGCUGGAGGUAGAUACUACUGCAGAGACAGUGUGGCUGCUAUAACCUUAGGCAUGGGCACGAAUGCUGCUUAUAUAGAAUCUGCAAAAGAACUUGCUCAUAUAAGUGGAUCAUCACCAAAGUCAAGUGAGAUGGGAAUCAGCAUGGAGUGGGGAAACUUCUGUUCAUCGCACCUUCCAAUAACUGAGUUUGAUUCUUGUCUGGAUUCUGAAAGUCUGAAGCCUGGUACUCGGGUAUUCCAAAAGUUGAUAUCAGGAACCUAUUUGGGAGAGAUUGUGAGAAGAGUCCUGGUAAAAAUAGCACAAGAAACAGCACUAUUUGGGGAUUCCGUUCCUCCGAAACUUAUGACUCCUUAUCUAUUAAGGUCACCUGAUAUGGCUGCAAUGCAUCAGGAUACAUCAGAAGAUCGAGAACUAGUCAACGAAAAGCUGAAAGAAAUUUUUGGGAUUACUAAUUCUACUCCAAUGGCAAGAGAAAUUGUUGCUGAGGUGUGCGACAUCGUCUCAGAACGUGCAGCCCGUCUGGCAGGAGCCGGCAUUGUGGGGAUCAUAAAGAAACUGGGUAGAAUUGAAAACAAGAGAAACAUAGUAACAGUGGAAGGAGGGCUUUAUGAGCACUACAGAGUAUUUAGAAACUAUCUGAAUAGUAGCAUAUGGGAAAUGCUGGGCAAUGAACUCUCAGACAACGUGAUAGUGGAGCAUUCUCAUGGUGGGUCUGGCGCUGGAGCUGUGUUUCUUGCUUCAUCCCAGAAAGAAAACCCGGAUUCCUAUUCCUAAUCUUCGAACAUUUCAACAUUUCACUUGUAAGCAUAUAUAUAUAUAUAGAAUUUAGUUAACUCAA